AUGGCAAUAUCGCAAUCGCUGGCUCAAAUUAGUUUAGCCAAUACAACCGGUGUAUUUAAUGGUGGCUAUUAUAAAAUAGAUCAUCGUGAUACAAAUGCGCUUCUUCGGGUCAGAUUACAACCCAACGCUCCAUUUUAUGCAAAGCCUGGAGCAAUGGUUGCUAUGAGUCCUGAGGUGACGCUAAAAGGAAAGUUUAAAUUUUCGUUCAAAAAAAUGCUCACUGGUGGUAACAUGUCUCAAUCAAUCUAUACUGGUCCUGGUGAAGUAUUACUUGCUCCAGCGAUUUGGGGUGAUAUCGUUGCUAUCCAACUGGAUGGCCGAACUGAAUGGAAUGUCGGUAGAGAUGGCUUUUUAGCUAUGACUCAUGGUGUCGUAAAAGAGACGAAAUCUCAAGGAUUUGGUAAAGCACUGCUUUCUGGUGAAGGUCUUUUUGUUCAUCGUGUAUCGGGUGUGGGCAUUAUGUUUGUUACGUCUCUCGGCGCUAUUGUAAGACGCGAUUUAAGACACGGAGAACAAUGGAUUGUUGAUAAUGGACAUUUAGUGGCAUGGAAUUGUCCAUAUUCAAUUGAGAGAACUGGUGGUGGUAUUAUGAGUGGAAUAUACUCUGGCGAAGGAUUUGUUUGUCGAUUUACUGGUCCGGGAACUGUGUUCAUUCAGACACGAAAUCCGGAAGCAUUGUCAUAUUGGAUCUCAAGUCAUGUACCAAGAUGA